AAGGACAGUCUGCAUAUACCGAGGGAGGUUGGAAGCCAUUUGAGGAGCAUAAUCUCUGAGACCAUGAACCUAGAAGCUCCUAAUGGCAUAUUCCCAAUUGAAGUGUCUAGGGAGAUGGGUGUGCUAGUUCUUAGGUCUGGCUGGGAUGAGUUUGUCAAAUCACAUCAUAUAGAAGAAAAUUACCGCUUUCUGUUCACGUACCGUGGGAACUCUACCUUCAAGGUUCAUAUAUUCAAUCCCGCUGGUCUUGAGAAACCUUCUUUCUGUUCUCAACCACCUUCUCAGAUCUUUGAAGGCGUUCCUCAUGGCGCUCCUUGUGAUCCUCAUGUGUUGAAUGAACAAGUACAACUCGAUCCUGCACAUGUUCAGACCUCAACUGACUUUGGCUAUACCACGUUGCCUGGGUGUCGUCUAACCAAAGCACAAGAUGAGAAAGUACUAGACAUAGCUCGUACCAUGAGGUCUGAAAUGCCCCUUUAUGUGACCACCAUGAACAAAAGCAAUGUCCACUUGAAGGAUUGCUCUGUUAACAUGCCGUUAAAGCUUUUGGACCAUUUCCAAGAGGACAUAUCUAAAGCUACUGUUCAACUAGAAGACUCUGAUUGCAAUCUAUACAGCGUUGAAGCUAGCAAGCACACUGAUGAUCAAAUUGUCCUCCAAUCUGGAUGGUAUGAUUUUGUAGUUUUCCAUCGCAUACGAGAGAAGGACCUCCUGAUUUUUAGAAGCAAGGGGAGAACACGCCUUCAAGUGCUCAUCAUUGGCCCAGGCAGCCAUCAGAGAACCUCAUCGCCUCAUGCAGUCUACUCUGCGAAUAUUUCUGAUGAUGAACACAUUGUGGGAGAAGACACUAAAAAAUCAUCUAGGUGGCAAAAGCAGGUACCUGAUCGCCGUGUGAAAACUCAAAAGGUGGCUUCAACAUCCUCCCCGUCUGCUAAACCAGGAUAUGAAGCUCAUCAGCUGAAUGGUGGAGCAUCCGUGGAGCUUGGGGUCGAUUCAGAACCUCUUAGCUCAAACAAUCCCGUGGGGCCUUCCCAGUGUCCAUACAUUAUAGCUGAAGGGAUAACUAGUCUAACUGGGCCGAUGAAGAAGAAAGUGGAGGAGAAAGUCCAAACAAUUCGAUCUGAACUCCCUAUCUUUGUGGCAGUCAUGACGAGAAGCAGGAUUAUUGGCAUAUCUCUUCGUAUGCGGUUCUGCAUGGAAUAUGGAAGAUAUCUUCCAGAUAGAGAACAGGUUCUUGUGCUUCAGCUGGAGGGAAGUGAGAUGGAGUGGCGCACCACGGUCAAGACAGAUGUGAAGGGAGGGAGGUGGAUUUGUGCAGGCUGGGCAGAAUUCGUCGCCGGCAAUCACCUGCAGCUGGAUGAUAUUGUCCUCUUCCAACUAGCAAAGAGCACGAAUGAGGUUAGGAUGAAUGCAGGAAAGAGGACGAGUGAGCUUAGGAUGACCGUCUAUUUACUCCGCAAGUCGGACAUAGAGAGUAGCUGAACUCGUAUCAUGUACUGGUAUCAGUCCGUUGUCUGUACGGUUUAAACCCUGUCAUGGGAUCGAGUGUGAGCUUUCAUCUAAUGUGGGAAAUAUUGGACCCUACCCUGCCUCUUGUUUGUUAGUACCGUCUGAUGCUCCUAUAUUCUUGCUGAUUAGUGAUCAAAUUAUCUCCAGUGAGACAUGAUGUAAGUUGUGGACCAUAAUAUGUUGUGUUCCCUACU